CCUGCUGCCACCUGUUCAUCUGCUGUGGACCUUAUAAAAGCUGUCCCCUCCUCUGGAGCACAGCUCAAAGCAAAGGACAAACAUCUUAGAGGUCAGACGAGCAGAGAUCACCUUGGACCCCGUGGCCAUUAUAAGAGAUCUACUCGAACUCUCAUCUUUGCGACCUUUUUCUCUGGUUCGGUUCAACCAAAAACAUGAAGCCUCGCCGGUCGAGCUGCACGGACUCGGGAUCUGAGUCCUCAGAAGUGGACUGCAAGAGCCCGGAGAAAUACGAGUCCGCCACACGCCGAAGGAUGGCUGCCAAUGCCAGAGAAAGGAAGAGGAUGCAGGGCUUGAACACGGCCUUCGACCGAUUACGGAAGGUGGUCCCACAGUGGGGCCAAGACAAGAAACUGUCCAAGUAUGAAACCCUGCAGAUGGCUCUCAGCUACAUCAUGGCACUCAACAGGAUCCUGACGGACACCAAGAGGCACAACACUGCACAUAGGCAGUGGGUGGACUUGGAGUUUGACGGUGUGCAACCUGACGACUAUCAGUACCUCAUGAGGUACGAAUCCAUGGGGCAGGACUCUAUCAACUCCUCCUUCUCUCGUCAGUUUGAUGGACAUCAGCUCCACGUAUAAAAAAAAUAAUAAUAAUCUGCCUGUUGGCAUGUAAAACAGUCAUGUUGUAAAUUGCAAUGUGAACCUUUUUUUCUCCAAUUAAGGAGACAGUAAAUACAUUUGUAUUGAUUUAUUUCUUUGAAGGAUCUUUGUUUGACAAUCAGGAGGCUUCUUUUUUAAGUCGUGGAUAUAUUUUUGCUAGGAUAUUGAGCAGGUUUUUCAAUACAUAGAAAGACAUGUAGUGUGAUUAAAAUAAUCAUUAGAUUGUAAAUGCAAUUGUGCAUUUAUAGCUGGUGUUCAAUAUACGGCCCUGAAAGUUUGUGCAAUUUUCAAUGAAUUCAGAGAAUCAUAGGUAUUAGUUGCAUAGUUGCUAAUAUGUAACAGUUGUUGAGUUAAAAAUUAACUUGCAAUAUGUUAUUUUUCACAUGCUAAAAUCGUAGUUUUCGACUGAGAAUAAAGAAUAUUUUGUAUCAAAUAUAAGAUUUUGUUUUCCCCCCCAUUGUCUUCUCUGGACUAUUAUUAUUAUUAUUGACUGUAUACAAUUAGAGAUCUACGUUUGAGAAAACAUUUCAGGCUUGAACCAGCGACCGUUUAAUAUUCAACAUUAUCCUGAAAAUAAUUGUUUGACAGGAUAUAGAGCCAAACAAUGUUUUUGCAAAGGUUUCAGGGAUAAUGAUGGUGCUUUUUAUUUUUCAUCCACUAGCACUGGAAUUUGAAUUUCCCCCUUAAUAAGCUCAUGCAUCUGCUAUCACUUGUUUGUGUGCUACUAAAACAGUGUCAUAUACAUAGUACAGUCUUUAUUGUACGCGUGUGACGAGCUCGCCUUACCAGUAACGGCAGGCCAUGUCCACUUGCUCUGCACCCCGACGUGUAAAUCCUCCUUUUGUUCACAGCUUCUGUGUGCUGAGAUAACAGAAUCUUACGUCAGCAGCAACAAAAAUAAAAGCACUACGUUACGCGGCAAAAUUCAAAUCACAAUAGUAUUUCUAGUGAUCAUUGUUAUUAGAAUGGUCAUUAUUAUUUGAAAUAAAGUAUAUUUCGGAUUUGUACUUAAUGUCUCCCAUGAGCAGAGCAACACAACUGUUUACUGCUGAAGCAGCACUACAGAUUUAAAUGGCAAUCAUACCCCACUGUGAAUGAUUGUCACAGAUUUGAAAAGUUUGAAUGUUGGCACAAGCCAGAUCAGAUUAAGGAAGCCUCUGAGCAAGAUCCCGGUCUGGCUUCAGCGGGCGAGCAGAAAUUAAACUCCAUUGUGCGCUAAUGGCUGCAUGUAAUCGCUUAGUUCAGAGCCACUGAAGCGUGAGCAUCCAGAGCUGGACCCAAACACAAUCAGCUUCAAAAAUAAGAUACAGCAGUGGUUAAACAGUAACGCUCGACUUCCACUCAACUAUUGGGCUUUGGAAACUGACUUGAUUUGAAGAAAGCGUCAAAAUCUACGUGGUACAAUAUCGCUUAUGUAUGUCCAAAUAUGUCUGAACUACAAGACUCAAUUAUCCAAGGGCACUUAAAUGACACAUAACAUGAGACAAGGGGCAUUGCAUUUCGGCACCAGAAGCUGGACGUCGCAAACAUUAAUACAGAUGGUCAUAAUGACUCAUUGGCCACAUUGAAUGUUUGCAUACCUAAUAAACGCUUUGUGACAGUUGGCAUGUCAAAAAUGAAUAGGCGGUAGAGUCAAAAGUGCGUGUCAGUGACACUGCAAUUACACUCUUCAUUAAUUCAGUCACCAGCAGCGAACAGUUGGCAGCAGCAAAAGUACAAUUAAUUGAUUUCCUCAUGAGGCGCAAAUGAUUGCAUGAGUUGGUAAUGAGUGAUGACAACAAUCUGCUCAGCGGACAGUAAUUGAGAGGACUAAACCAGACAAUGUUGCAUGUUAAACUGCUGAGUGACCUCUCCCAUCUACUAAGAGCUACGCUUCAAACAACAUGUGCAACAAGAUCAAAUAAUACCCGGAACCUCCUGUAUGCAAAGUGCCAAUGGUCUAUUUUGAUUGGAGAAGAUUUUGUAUAGCUAUUUGUGAUUGUAUUGUCAUUAUUAUUUGAUGUUUUGUGUACUUGUGUUGUUUUGGGUCCAGUUUUGUGUAUAUCACGUUGUACAGAUUACAGUGUUGGGUAGAUUAUGCACGUUAUGAUCUAGUUUGUUACAAUUACAAGUUACCCGGUUGAAAAUGUAAUGGUGGUCUCACUAUUUCAAUUACUUUUCAAAGUAAUAUAACUAAUUACCAUUGAUUACAUUUUCAUUACCUUUCCUAAUUUUGAAUGAAUGCAUCAGAUUAACCACAUAUUUGUUCUUUACACAAAUAAUAAACUGAUAACAAAACAUGAUGAAAUGUAAAUACAUAAUAAAAAUGUGUUUGUCGUUUGUGGAAAACCACCAUACACUACCAUGUUGACCUAAUGACAAAUGUGUACAAAUUAGACAAUAUCACUUCAUGACAAAUCAGAUAAAUAAAUGUUCCAGAAAAAUUGUCCGUAAUUUAAAAAAUGAAACUGUUCGAAGGUCAAUGUUCUUUUAUGUGUUCAAAUGUGU